CAUAGCUAAACCCUAAGCAUAAGCUCAAUUCAUCAUCUUUUCUACAAGACCCACAUAACAAAUCAACUUUCCUCAAAAACCCACAAAUCUUUUUCAAUUUUCUUGAAUAAAGUUGAAACCUUUAUUGCAAAAUGGUGGUAAAGAAGCCAAGAAUAGUGAUAGUUGGGGCUGGAAUGGCUGGCUUAACAGCUGCAAACAAGCUUUACAAAAAAGGGGCAUUUGAGGUUUGUGUUGUUGAAGGUGGGAAUAGAAUUGGGGGGAGGAUUAACACCUCAGAGUUUGGUGGUGAUAGAAUUGAAAUGGGGGCCACUUGGAUCCAUGGAAUUGGAGGUAGCCCUGUUUAUAAAAUAGCUAUGGAAUCCAAUUCCAUGGAAUCAGAUGAGCCUUGGGAGUGUAUGGAUGGGUUUCUUGAUGAUCCUAUCACCAUUUCUGAAAAUGGGUUUGUCUUAAAUCCAUCUUUAGUUGAUCCUGUUUCAAAUCUUUUCAAGAAUCUUAUGGAUUUUGCUCAAGGAAAAAGUAAUGGAAUUGGGAAUGGUGGGCAGGAUGGGAAUUGGCAUGGGAAUGGGAAUGGGAGUGUUGGGUCUUUUCUUAGAAAAGGUCUUGAAGAUUAUUGGAGAUUGGAAUCAAGAAAGGAAAAGGAAGAGGUGAAUGGGUAUGGGAAUGAGUAUGGGAAUGGGAAUGGGAAUGGGUAUGGGUAUGGGAAUGGGAAUAGGAAGAUGUUGGAAGAAGCAAUCUUUGCAAUGCAAGAAAACACUCAAAGGACAUACACAUCAGCUAAUGAUUUGUAUAAUCUUGAUUAUAAUGCAGAGAGUGAGUAUGUUAUGUGUCCAGGUGAAGAAGUCACCAUUGCUAAAGGAUACUCAAGCAUUAUACAAUCAUUAGCAUCUGUUUUACCAUGUGGGGUCAUUCAAUUAGGGAAAAAAGUGUGUAAAAUUGAGUGGCACCCUGAAAGUGAUGUUCAAACAAUAGAAAAUGGUCAUGAUGAUACAAGACCAGUGAAACUACACUUUCUUGAUGGCACAAUAAUAUCAGCAGACCAUGUUAUUGUCACAGUCUCAUUAGGUGUACUCAAAGCCGGAAUCCAUGAUUCCGACGAUUCGGGUAUGCUUAAAUUCAGUCCACCGCUUCCGAAUAACAAAAUCGAAGCCAUUUCAAGACUUGGGUAUGGUCUUGUUAACAAGCUUUUCAUGGAACUAAGCCCCGAUUUUACCGACCAAUUCCCGUUUCUACAACUGGUAUUCCAUCGAAGCGAUUCCGAAGUUAAGAAUCCGAAAAUCCCAUGGUGGAUUAGAAGAACGGCUACGGUGUGGCCGAUUUAUAAGAAAUCGAGAGUGUUAUUAUCUUGGUUUGCAGGUGAAGAAGCGCUUAAGCUCGAAACACUUUCGGAUGAAGUGAUUCGUGAUGAAGUCUCCACAACUUUAUCGACGUUUUUAUCGAAUUCAUCCGAUUCCCAUGAACAGUGUAAUGGGAAUGUGAUCGAGAACUCGUCGAAAGUGAAUCUUGUUAAGGUUUUAAAGAGUAAAUGGGGGAAUGAUCCACUGUUUUUGGGUUCAUAUAGUUACAUUGCAGUUGGUUCAAGUGGUUGUGACAUGGACACAUUGGCUGAGCCAUUGACCAAAAGUGGUUCACACCCACUUCAAAUCCUUUUUGCAGGAGAAGCAACACAUAGAACUCAUUAUUCUACAACUCAUGGUGCUUAUUUUAGUGGGAUUAGAGAAGCCAAUAGGCUACUUGAACACUAUCAAUGUAUGGAUUAGAAUUAUAAUACUAUGGAGGAGGGUUAUUUUGUAAUUUUGUUAUUUUGUAAUUUUAUAAUUUCCUUAUUUCUAUUUUUUUUUUAAAUUACCCUUUUUCUGUAGUGAUCAUCUUUCUCAAUGUUGGGGAAUGAAAGGGAGAGAUGGAGACAUUUGCAAGAUGGGUGGGUUAUAAAGAAGCUUCUUUUUAGUUUUCUAUUAAUCUUGUUUGAUCUCUUUGGAUUUGUUAAUAAAGAAGCUUUUUUUUAGUUUUC